AUGGAAAUGGUAGAAGAAAAAGGGCAAAAGGGUUAUAGUCAAGAUGGCACAGUAAACCUACAAGGUAAACCAGUUUUGAGAUCAAACACCGGAGGAUGGAAAGCUUGUUCUUUCAUAAUAGUGUAUGAAGUGUUUGAGCGGAUGGCUUAUUUUGGGAUAGCGUCGAAUUUAGUGGUAUAUUUGACAAAUAAGCUUCAUGAGGGUACGGUGGAAUCUUCAAACGACGUUAACAAUUGGUCGGGUUCAAUUUGGAUGAUGCCGCUUGUAGGAGCUUACGUAGCUGAUGCAUAUCUUGGUCGAUAUUGGACUUUUGUUAUUUCAUCUUUCAUUUAUCUAUUGGGAAUGUGUUUGUUGACUCUAGCAGUUUCGCUACCAUCAUUGAGCCCGCCGCAAUGUGCAGAAGGCAUCCUAGACCAAGAUUGCCCUAAGGCCUCACCAUUGCAAAAGGGUAUUUUCUUCCUUGCCUUGUACAUCAUUUCUCUAGGCACCGGUGGAACCAAGGCCAACAUUUCUACUCUUGGAGCAGACCAAUUUGACGAGUUCGAUACCAAAGAGAGAUCCUAUAAGCUCUCUUUUUUCAAUUGGUGGUUUUUCAGCAUUUUCAUUGGUGUCCUUUUCGCCAGCAGUUUCUUGGUUUACAUACAGGACAAUGUGGGCUGGGCCAUUGGAUAUAGUCUUCCAACCAUUGGCCUCAUUGUUUCGAUAAUGAUAUUUUUGGUAGGAACGCCGUUUUAUAGACACAAAUUUCCCACGGGAAGUCCUAUAACAAGGAUGCUUCAAGUCUUUGUCGCUGCUACGAGAAAGUGGAACUCGCGUGUUCCAGAAGAUCCAAAAGAUCUACAUGAACUUACUACGGAAGAGUAUGCAUGUAAUGCUAGAAACAAAAUUGAUCACACUUCUUUCUUGAGAAUCCUUGACAAAGCGGCAGUAAAGACCCGCAAAACUUCAUCGUGGAUGCUUUGUACAGUGACGCAAAUUGAGGAAACUAAGAAAAUGAUAAAAAUGGUUCCUAUUUUGAUUCUAACAAUUAUUCCAAGCACAAUGGUAAUGCAAACAUUCACACUCUUCAUUAAACAAGGCACCACACUUGAUAGAAGAAUGGGACCCCAUUUUGAGAUCCCACCAGCAAGUCUCAUAGUAUUUAUAGUUAUCUUCAUACUGAUAAGCCUUGUAAUCUACGAUUGUGCUUUUACUCCUAUAAUCCGAUCCUACACGAAGAACCCUAGAGGGAUCACACUCCUUCAGAGAAUGGGAGUUGGCCUCAUAAUUCAUGUCAUUGUGAUGGUAAUUUCAUGCUUCGUUGAGAGGAAGCGACUCCGUGUGGCAAGAGAAAAUAACCUCUUAGGCCGGCAUGAUACACUACCUCUUACCAUUUUCAUUCUAUUUCCUCAAUUUGCUUUAGCAGGGGUUGCGGAUAGCUUCGUUGAAACUGCUAAAAUGGAGUUUUUUUAUGAUCAAGCACCAGAAGACAUGAAAAGUCUUGGAGCAGCAUUUUCCACAACGAGUUUGGGUUUAGGAGGUUUUGCUAGUUCCUACAUUCUAUCAACUGUUGCCGAUAUCACACAAAGACAUGGUCAAAAAGGUUGGAUAUUAAAUAAUCUAAACGUCUCUCAUUUAGAUUAUUAUUAUGCUUUCAUGGCAGUUUUAUGCUUAAUCAACCUCAUUUGUUUUGUGGUUGUUGCCAAGUUCUAUGUUUAUAACGAUGUAAGGCAAAACAAACCAAGCUUGGAGAUGAACCCUACUCCAUCUCAGAACAAUUCUAGAAUAAGCGAAAGCAAUCCAGAAGAGAUUGCUCAGUCAUAG